GGCAUUUUUUAUUCUGCUGCUGCCGGGCGGACCUCGACAACAAAAGAAGACCGCAGCCUACAAAACCCUAAUCCCUUGCUUCAGCUCUCUCUCUCUCUCUCGGAGGCAAGCGGCGAGCGAGAUGGCGGCCAGCAAGCAGACGGUGCUGCAGUUCUUUCCGUCGACGACGAGUCUGAGCGCCAGAGUCCACCCCGUGGUCCUCUUCAACAUCUGCGACUGCUAUGUGCGGCGCCCCGACCAGGCCGACCGAGUCAUCGGCACCCUCCUCGGCUCCGUUUCCCCCGACGGCACUGUCGAGAUCAAGAACUCCUACGCCGUCCCCCACAACGAGUCCGCCGACCAGGUUGCUUUGGAUAUUGAUUACCAUCAUAACAUGUUUAUGUCCCACCAGAAAGUCAACCCAAAGGAAGUGAUAGUUGGAUGGUAUUCGACUGGCUUUGGUGUUUCAGGUGGGAGUACAUUGAUACAUGAAUUUUAUUCGAGAGAAGUAUCAAAUCCUGUUCAUCUUACUGUUGAUACCGGAUUCCAAAAUGGUGAGGCUUCCAUCAAAGCUUAUGUGUCUGUCAAUUUGUCUCUUGGAGAUCGGCAACUCGCGGCACAAUUUCAAGAAAUUCCUCUGGAUAUGCGGAUGAUUGAAGCGGAACGAGUUGGAUUUGACAUCUUAAAGAUGGCAAUGGUGGACAAGCUUCCUAAUGAUUUAGAAGGAAUGGAAGCUUCAAUGGAAAGACUGCUUGCUUUGAUUGAUGAUGUCUACAAAUAUGUGGAUGAUGUUGUGGUGAGAAUCUUAGACCUUCGUUUAAUCCUUUUGAUUUCUUGGCAUCUUGGUGCAGGACUUAAAAACGCAACGUUUCUUUUCCAGGAAGGACGUGUAACCCCAGAUAAUAAUAUCGGGAGAUUCAUUGCAGACACUUUGUCAUCAGUUCCCAAACUUUCCCCGGCAGCAUUUGACAAGCUUUUCAAUGAUAGAAUUCAGGAUAAUCUUGCGCUGGUUUACUUAUCAAGCCUCACUAGGACACAACUCAGCGUAGCAGAGAAGCUGAAUACUGCUGCCCAGAUCUUGUAGUUUUUCUAUUACUUAUGCAUGAAGGCUGGUAAUAUCUUUUGAUGCCAUUUCAGUUGCACUCAUUUUGUAUUACUGUAUAGUUAUUGACAACAUAGUUAAACAUUUAAAAACAUGGAGCUACAUGUGAGUGUUUCUUCUUAUCAUUGUUUUUAAUUUUAAUGAUACAGAGGCAUUCCUUUUUAUGGUUGGGCCACCCGAAGAUCUGAGCGUUGUGGUUGUUUGUCAGAGAAUGAAUCUCAUCAGAUUGCAACUCUUGACAGCAUUCGCUCUCAUUGAGUCUAAGUUUAGCGGUUUUUUUUUUUUUUUCCCUAAAAAGAAUAUUCUUAAGCUUUGAGAAUUAAAGGGAAUGGAAGGUUAUUAUGACUGGAGUAAUUCCUCUGCUGUUGUCAUCAAGGAUUUCCUUUUUUUAGUAAAGUUUCUGUAAGACUUCAUCAUCAAUAUAACUUUGGCCUGGAACCGAUGACCAUCUAA